GGGCACUAGACAUUGGAAGGAAAUUUACAGAAGACGAAACGAGGAUCUUUUCCACCGGGUGUGUGGCUUGUUGAGGGCGACAAUCGUGAUUUCAUUUAACAAUACAGAAGACAAUUCUCUCUCUAGACAGAGAGAGAGAGAGAGAGAGAGAGAGAUGGCGGUGGCACUGGCUCCGGGGUUGUCACGGAAGCUGAAGAAGGUGUUGGAGUCACGAACGGACUCACCGGAUCUGCUGGCUUCACUCAACACACUGUCGACAUUCUACACAGAGAACACACAACAGGCUCGGAGGAACCUCAGAUCCACCAUCGAGAAGCGAUCUCUCUCCAUCAACGAUGAAUUCCUCCUCGCCUCCGAGGCCGUCCAACAGGCCUUGGAUCGAGUGGAGGAAGAAGCUAACGCGUUAACCGAUUGCUGCGACAAGAUUGCCCAAGCAUUGAACAAUUGCAAUGCUACCACGGGAGAUAUCAUCAGUACAACCGAGAGGCUCAAACAAGAACUUGAGAUCACCACACAGCGGCAAGAGAUUGCGUCAUGUUUCCUUCGGGACUACCAACUUUCUAAUGAAGAGAUUAAUGCACUGAGGGAAGAAGACCUAGAUGAAAACUUCUUCAAAGCACUUGCUCAUGUUCAAGAAAUUCAUGCCAACUGUAAGAUACUGCUCAGGACACAUCACCAGCGUGCAGGUUUGGAACUGAUGGAUAUGAUGGCCGUGUACCAAGAAGGAGCAUAUGAGCGCCUGUGCAGGUGGGUUCAAUCUGAGUGUAGGAAAUUGGGUGAUAGUGAUACCCCUGAAGUUGGUGACCUUCUGAAGACAGCUGUUCGCUGCCUCAAAGAAAGGCCUGUCCUCUUCAAGUACUGUGCUGAGGAGGUGGCAAAUAUGAGGCAUAAUGCAUUAUUUAGAAGGUUUAUAAGUGCUCUUACACGUGGAGGACCUGGUGGUCUGCCUAGACCAAUUGAAGUGCAUGCUCAUGACCCCUUGCGAUAUGUAGGUGAUAUGUUGGGGUGGUUACAUCAGGCAUUGGCAUCUGAGAGGGAGCUUGUCUUCACUUUACUUGAUCCAGAUGCAGUGAUAGAUACAGGGCCAACUGCACAUCGCUUUUCCACAAGCGCAGAAACUGGUGCUUCAAAAAUGGAAUCGGACAUGACAUUUGUGCUGGAUAGAAUUUUUGAGGGAGUUUGCCGGCCAUUCAAAGUGAGAGUUGAACAAGUUUUGCAGUCUCAACCCAGUCUUAUAAUUUCAUAUAAGCUCAGUAACACAUUGGAAUUCUACAGCUACACUAUUUCAGACUUGCUAGGGAGAGAAACAGCUCUCUGCAAGACACUAUCAUUACUCAAAGAUGCUGCUCAGCAAACUUUCUUUGACAUUCUUAAGACUCGAGGAGAAAAACUUUUGCGGUACCCUCCACUUGUUGCAGUUGAUCUAUCCCCCCCACCAGCUGUUAGGGAAGGAGUGUCUGUGGUACUUGAAAUAAUUGAGACCUAUGAUGGCAUGAUGUUUCCUGCAUCUGGAAAGAAGCCUGACUUUGAUCCGGUGAUAUCUGCUUUACUAGAUCCAAUUGUUCAGAUGUGUGAGCAAGCAGCAGAGACACACAAAUCCAAAGGAGUAAUCCACUCAUCAAGGAGAAGCCGGAUGAGUUCAGAUUCAGGCCAUAGCAGUAAAGAUUCUCCAUCAUCUGUUGAUGCAAUUUUGACAAGCAGCAGCUCAAUCUCAUCAUCACAGAAUGCUGAAAUGUCCUCAAAGAUAUUUCUUAUCAAUUGCUUAUCAUCCAUCCAGCAACCAUUGUUGGGACAUGACGUUACUGCAGAGUAUGUUAGGAACCUUGGAGCAAUGAUAGAAAAUCAUAUUUGUGUUCUGGUGGAAAAGGAGGUAGAUGGUAUACUAAGAAGAUGUGGCUUGUUGAACAAGAUGCCUCACAUCCAGAAUUCAGCGAGUGAGGAAGAUAAUAUGCCACCAUUAGCAGAAGUGGAGGACAUGUCACCAAUGUCACUUUCAGAGAGUUUGAAGGUUUUCUUUGGACUUGUUUUAGGAAGCGAAGGUUCCUUACCAGAAUUUGAGCAGAUGCAGGUACCUCGGCUUCGUUCAGAUGCUUGUAUCCGUGUCGCAAAGUCACUGGCAGAAGCUUAUGAACUCCUUCAUAAUGCAAUCAUGGAUCCAAAGAACCGUUACCCAGAGCCGAAGUCCUUGGCAAGGCAUCCACCAGAUCAGAUAAAAACCAUCUUAGGGAUUUAAAGCUGUAUGUAGAAAUUAUAUCCUUGUUAGGUACACAGAUUUUGAAAAUUCUUUUGUUGUUUUCCUACAUACUGAAUUCAGGUGUUUGUUCAUUUCUGUUACAAAGAUAAGUUGGUUGUGGUUUAAAGCAUCAGUUAACAAUUACAACAUUUUUGUAGUCAUGGAAGUAUUAUUGCACUGGAUUGUUAACCCAUGUUUAAUGGGUAGGCAAUACUUGUUACACUAAUGCUUCUGCUCC